GUAUCAUCAUCCACCAUACGGGUCCGUAUCAGCUUUCCCACCUGAUUCUCCCUCCCCACAAACCACAACACUACCUAUACACUCUCUCUCUCUCUUUCUCUUCUCUGUGUGUUUAUUAUCAUCUCCUGAAAUUCACAACAUUUCACGCUCAUAAUUCUCUUCGUGCGAGAGCCAUUGCAGAAAGAAAAGAGUUUUUAAUAGACCCAAGAAAAAGAAGAAGAAAAAGCAUUUUUCUUUCUUUCUUUGUUGCUUUGCUUUUGCUUUUCUGUUUCUCUCUUUUUUGUGGGCACAACAAAACAUGAACAAAGUAAUGAUUUUGUGUUCUUCCUUGUGGUAAACUAAACUAAAGCUUUUUCAUGGUGGUGAUGAAGUUAAUAACGAUGAAGCAAACUCCUUUUUUUCUCUUCUCUUUCUUGUUACUACUCUGUUUCUUCGUUACUUGUUCUCUCUCUUCUGAGCCCAGAAACCCUGAAGUGGAGGCGUUGAUAAACAUAAAGAACGAUUUACAUGAUCCACAUGGUGUUUUAAACAACUGGGAUGAGUUCUCUGUUGAUCCUUGUAGUUGGACUAUGAUCACUUGUUCUCCAGACAACCUCGUAACUGGCCUAGGAGCUCCAAGUCAGUCUCUUUCAGGAACUUUAUCUGGGUCUAUUGGAAAUCUCACUAAUCUUCAACAAGUUUUAUUACAGAACAAUAACAUCUCCGGCAAAAUCCCACCGGAGCUUUGUUCUCUUCCUAAAUUACAGACUUUGGAUUUAUCCAAUAACCGGUUCUCCGGUGAAAUCCCCGGUUCGGUUAACCAACUGAGUAAUCUCGAAUAUCUGAGGUUGAACAACAACUCAUUAUCUGGGCCCUUUCCUGCUUCUUUGUCUCAAAUCCCUCACCUCUCUUUCUUAGACUUGUCUUAUAACAAUCUCAGAGGUCCUGUUUCUAAAUUCCCUGCAAGGACAUUCAAUGUUGCUGGGAAUCCUUUGAUUUGUAAAAACAGCCCACCUGAGAUUUGUUCAGGAUCAAUCAAUGCAAGUCCUCUUUCUGUCUCUUUACGUUCUUCAUCAGGACGUAGAACAAAUAUAUUGGCGGUUGCACUUGGUGUAAGCCUUGGCUUUGCUGUUAGUGUAAUCCUCUCUCUCGGGUUAAUUUGGUAUCGAAGGAAACAAAGAAGGCUAACGAUGCUACGCAUAAGUGACAAGCAAGAGGAAGGGUUACUAGGAUUGGGAAAUCUAAGAAGCUUCACAUUCAGAGAACUUCAUGUAGCUACGGAUGGUUUUAGUUACAAGAGCAUUCUUGGUGCUGGUGGGUUUGGUAAUGUCUACAGAGGAAAGCUCGUGGAUGGGACUAUGGUUGCAGUGAAACGACUGAAAGAUGUGAAUGGAACCUCUGGGAAUUCGCAGUUUCGUACCGAGCUUGAGAUGAUUAGCUUAGCUGUUCAUAGGAAUUUGCUUCGGUUGAUCGGUUAUUGCGCGAGUUCUAGUGAAAGACUUCUUGUUUACCCUUACAUGUCCAAUGGCAGCGUCGCCUCUAGACUUAAAGCUAAACCGGCAUUGGACUGGAACACAAGGAAGAAGAUAGCGAUAGGAGCUGCAAGAGGUUUGUUUUAUCUACACGAGCAAUGCGAUCCCAAGAUUAUUCACCGAGAUGUCAAGGCAGCAAACAUUCUCCUAGAUGAGUAUUUUGAAGCUGUUGUUGGGGAUUUUGGACUAGCAAAGCUACUCAACCACGAGGAUUCACAUGUCACAACUGCUGUUAGAGGAACUGUUGGUCACAUUGCACCCGAGUAUCUCUCCACCGGUCAGUCAUCUGAGAAAACCGAUGUCUUCGGGUUCGGUAUACUUUUGCUAGAGCUCAUCACAGGAAUGAGAGCUCUCGAGUUUGGCAAGUCUGUUAGCCAGAAAGGAGCCAUGCUUGAAUGGGUGAGGAAGCUACACAAGGAAAUGAAAGUAGAGGAGCUUGUAGACCGGGAACUCGGGACAACCUACGAUAGGAUAGAAGUUGGAGAGAUGCUACAAGUGGCUUUACUCUGCACUCAGUUUCUUCCAGCUCACAGACCGAAAAUGUCUGAAGUGGUUCAAAUGCUUGAAGGAGAUGGAUUAGCAGAGAGAUGGGCUGCUUCACAUGAUCAUUCACAUUUCUACCAUGCCAACAUGUCUUACAGGACUAUUACCUCUACUGAUGCUAAUGGCAACAACCAAACCAAACAUCUGUUUGGUUCCUCAGGAUUGGAAGAUGAAGAUGAGAAUCAAGCCUUAGAUUCAUUCGCCAUGGAACUAUCUGGUCCAAGGUAGUAAAAUUUGGACAAAGAGAGAAAGAAAGAUAUAAUAUCCCCAUGACUUUAAAUUUUUUGAGAUGAUAUAGACAUGUAAAUGGUGGUCAAUCCUUUUAAAAAAUUGAGAUUCUGGGUCUAAUGUUUAAUAUUUUGGAUGUAUA